AAUUAUUAUUUAACAAAAAACAAGUGACAGCUUUCGAGAAUUACUUAAAAAAAAAUAAUCAAAGAAAAAAAAAUAAAUUCCGCAUAUCAAACGACUGACCAUGUUCUAUGGGGAAUUAUUCGAUGCCUUCGGUGAUAUAUUAAUCGGAUGCUGCAAGAAGUAUGCCGUUUGCUGGAUCAUUCUGGUGGUGGCAACUGUGGGAGUGACCCUGGGAUUGGUCUUCGGACUCCGUGACAAGAAUGAGGAGCCGCGUCGCAUGGGUGCCGUGGCCUCCAAUGGAGUUGGCUGUGCUGAGAUUGGUGGCACCAUGCUGGACAUUGGCGGAUCGGCAGCGGACGCAGCCAUUGCCACGAUGCUCUGCGAGGGUGUGAUGCUGCCACACAGCCUGGGCGUGGGAGGUGGCUUUGUGGCCACCAUUUACUCCAAGGAGACGGGCUUCGUCGAGACCCUCAUUGCCAGGGAGACAGCUCCUGCGGCAGCCACGCGGGACAUGUUCGUGGAUCGGGACAUCACCGGAGCUCUGUCGUGUGCCGUUCCCAGCGAGAUCUAUGGAUAUUGGAAGCUGCACGAAAAGUACGGUCGCCUUCCCUGGAAACGGCUCUUCCAGCCGACCAUAGAACUCUGCCGGAACGGCAUUAUGGUGUCCAAGUACCUGGCCGGUGUCCUUGAACGUGAGGAAGAGCGUAUCCGCGACGAGCCCUCCAUGGCGGAGAUCUUCAUCAACCCCAAGACGGAUAAUGUCUACAAGAUUGGUGAGGUCAUGUACCGUCCUAUGCUGGCGGAGACACUGGAAAUGGUGGCCAACGAAGGAGCCGAGGUCAUCUACAGAGGCGGCCGGGUGGGUCGAAAGCUGGUAGAGGAUAUUCAGGCCAUGGGAGGCAUUGUGACUGAAGAGGAUCUCCAGAACUAUGAUGUCCGCUGGGAACUACCGCUCCAUUCCCGCUUCAAUGGAGACUAUGAACUCUUCACCUCGCCCCUGCCCACCAGUGGUGCAGUCCUGACCUUCAUGCUGAACGUAAUGGAGCCUCUGUUCACCACCAACACGGACAAGUACUGGCAGCGACUGAUAGAGACCUUCAAGCACGCCUACGGACAUCGCACCAAUCUGGGGGACAUCCACUACGAGCCGGACGUCCAGGAGGUGUACGAGAACCUACUGGAUCCAAAAUUUGCGGGUGAUAUCAGGAAACUGAUCCUGGAUGACCGCACCUUCGAGAACAUGUCGUACUACGGCGCCAACUUCCACAACGUGGAGGAUCAUGGAACCGCCCACAUCUCCGUUUUGGCGCCGAAUGGUGAUGCCAUUUCGGUGACCAGCACCAUUAACAGCCAUCUGGGGGCCAAGGUUCGAUCCCGUCAAACGGGCAUCAUACUGAACGACGAGAUGGAUGACUUCAGCACGCCGGGAAAGGUCAAUGUAUACGGUAUCCCGGCUAGUCCCGCAAAUUUCAUCAAGCCGGGAAAGCGACCCAUGUCCUCCACGUGCCCCAGCAUCAUCCUGGACACCCACGGGAAUGUGAAGCUAAUUGUGGGCGCGGCAGGCGGUUCCAAGAUAACCACCUCGGUGGCCCAGACCAUUCUCCGCUACUUCGUCCUGAACGAGCCCAUAGAGAAGGCGGUGAAUACGGGACGCCUCCACCACCAACUGGCUCCGAUGGUUGUGGACGUGGAGCGGGAUGUUCCGAAGCAUACGGUUGCCUAUCUGCGGAAAAUUGGACACGAGAUCCGGUAUCUGGACAAUGACAAGGCGUACUCCGCCCAGACGGCGAUAGCCAUGAGGGGAAUAGAGCCGCAUCCCGUCUGCGACAUCCGGAGGCUGGGCAGUGCCGUGGUCGUGGAGCCGGACAAGCUGGACUGAGAUUGGCGGGCAAUGGGGCGCCAUUGUCAUUUGUUCAAGAGGGAUCUCCUGCAUAAGUUAGAAAAAUAAUUAUUUUUUUUUACU